ACCUGUGUGUCUUGUUGUCACUUUUUUAUAUUAUCCAGUAGACGGAUUUAUUCAAUAUUGGACUAUUCACUAUUCCGGUAUGUGUUGUGAGUUUCUGACUUGUGGGUACGUUUCACUUUCACUAGGCUAUAUUCCAAAUCCAAAUAUUUAUUUCUUCACGUCUUCUCAAUUUACUACCCAUUAAUAAUAAUUUUAAAUAAAUCAGUGCAAGUUGUCUUCAUUAUUAUUUUUAUUAUUUAAUAAAUUUUUUUUAACGAUGGCCGAAGUCGUAGAUGACAUAAUUAAAACCUUAAACGGAACAAAUGGUACGGACACGGAGUCUGUUCUAAAAAAAAUACCGGCCACCACCGAAGGUAUGCUUAUUGCAUACACCAGUUUAGUGGUCAUGGCCUUAGUGCCUAUAUUCUUUGGCUCGUUCCGAUCAGUAGAACUACACAUUAAAAAUAAAAUGAAAAAAGAAAUACCAGAGUCCAUGACAGAAAAAGAUGCUAUGAUGUUUCCAGUGAUUGCUAGUGGAGCUCUCUUUACGCUCUACAUCGUUUUUAGGGUAUUUUCCAAGGAACACAUAAAUCUAUUAGUGACUUUAUAUUUUUAUGUUCUUGGAGUGGCAGCUCUAAGUAAUAUUUUAGGUACUAAAUUCAGCGCCAUGUUACCAAAAAGUAUACCAAAAACGAAAUACCAACUGCAGUUUACAGAAGGCACUGGUGAAAAAAAACAUGAUUAUAUAAAUAUAAAAUGUACACUACAUGAUGUGUUAUGUUUUGUAUCGUGUGCAACAUUAGGAACGUUUUAUAUAAUUAGCAAGCAUUGGAUUGCAAACAAUAUAUUUGGAUUGGCAUUUGCUAUAAAUGGAAUAGAAUUGUUACACCUCAACACCAUUAAAAUUGGAUGUAUCCUAUUAUGUGGUCUAUUUGUCUAUGAUAUAUUUUGGGUGUUUGGUACCAACGUUAUGGUUACUGUGGCCAAAUCUUUUGAUGCUCCUAUCAAACUUGUAUUCCCUCAAGAUUUAUUAGAAAAUGGUAUUUUAGCUGCUAAAAACUUUGCUAUGUUGGGCUUAGGCGAUAUUGUUAUCCCAGGAAUAUUUAUUGCAUUUAUGUUAAGAUUUGAUCAUAGCUUAAAACGCAAGACAAAUACAUAUUUCAAUGCAACAUUUUUGGCCUACUUUUUGGGAUUACUUACCACUGUGUUUGUCAUGCACGUAUAUAAAGCAGCUCAGCCAGCUUUAUUAUACUUGGUACCUGCAUGUUUAAUUACUCCUAUGUUGGUGGCUUUAGUAUGUGGGGAUCUGAAAACUUUAUUCAGUUAUGAAGAUCAUAAAAUGGAACAAGAAAAGACUUCCAAAAAAUUGAAAUAAUCUAAGUGUCAAUUUUAUUAUUUUUCAUGUUAUAUUAAAUUUAUGUUUUAUUUCCUCGGCUUUAUUUUUUUUGUGAAAUUUUUUGUUAUAUCGUAAUGUAUAAAUUGGAGGAUCCAUUAUCCAUUAAUUUGAUAUUGAGAGAGUAUUAACUUCAAUACAUGACACUUCAAAACAAAUUUUACAAAUUUCCUGACAACCGUACACAAAAUAUAAAAAUAAUUUAACAGGGCAAUAACAAAUAAACUAAAUCGAUGUAUUCAAAUGUACUUAUAUAGUUUAUUAUUAUUUAAAAUAAAUUAUAUACCAAUGUAAUAUAUUAAUGGUACACUACUGUUUAUGUUAUAUUAUUAUAGCAUUAUUCAUUGUAUUUAACUCUUCCUAAUUAUAGCUUUAUAAAUGUC